AUGGAGGCUAUCACCGCCAGCAUCGCCGCACACAGAGGGUUCCAACGAUUUUCUGACCUGCCAAAGGAGUUACGAGAGCGGAUAUGGGACUCUGUAAUACGGACAGACAAGCCUUCAGUCCAAAUUUUCCAGCUGAAUUCGUGCCUGUCGAGCAAGCAGCGAGUGCGCGGCUAUCCGUUUCUCAGAGCCUGGUCCUAUCAACUAUACGUCCCGCGCCAUCAGGAGCGCUGCGACCCAUUGUGUGAGGAUCCGCUCCCCCUUUGCAAUCAUUCAUCCUACCUGGUCGACUCUGGACUAUGGACGGCCUGCAAGGAGUCUCGAGGGCGCAUGAUGUGGCACUAUCAUCAAACUGACAAGGACACGAAAAUCCAGAGGAGCAGUCGACGCAACAUUGCGGUAAGCAGGCAUCGUCAUACGACGGCAAACUACCGUUUCGAACGGGAUGGCAAACCACAAUUCUUUGUUAUCCGGCCACACACGGACCUGGUGCUGGUCACAGUUCCCAAAGGUUUCUUCGAGUCCUGGAUCAGCCGCAUUCUCUUCCGAACUUUGAUGGUUACAAAUCACCUCUCUUGCGAUAGUUUCUUUUGCAUUCCCAUAAAGCACCUGGCUAUCGAAUACCAGUCCAGUUGGACCUUAAGCACCUACGUCGAUACCGUUUUGGAUAAGUUAACCACCAUCGUCGCUGCAUUGUGCAAACCUCCACGGCAUAUAGAGCGCUUCUGGCUGGUAGCGCCGUUGACGGCCCCGAAGAAGUCACAACAUGUCUUCCAAGGCGUUGGGUGCAUGUACGUUGGAGUCAGUGAUUCCGACUACGUUCCUGCAUACAUGUUUGCGCGCACCUGGGACGAGUUCUACAGGGAGUCUAUCCUGAACAUACAUCCUAUCAGAUUUACUAGAUUAUUGCGCGAACGUGUCAACCGCGAACUUGCUCCAUCACGGAGUACCUCGGUGUACAGCACGACAAUGGCAAUAUCAGCUACAUGCGUACCAAUAGGGGUUCUGACUUGUGUCUACGAUGGUUAG